CUUCCUCCGGGGUGCUGCCCCCUUCUUCCUUGUCCUGCCUUGCAUGGGACCCGGGGAAUGCUGCCAGCUGGCCCCCCCUGACCCUCCUGACCCAUGCAUGAGGUCACAACGGGGGCCUCCUGGCUGUGUUACGCCUGCGAGGCUGCCCCUUCUUAGCUCAGCUGUCCCAGAGAGCCAUAGCCAGUCUGCCCUCCCCGCAGAGAGUAUCCUGGCCCUCCUCCAGCAGCCCCCUCCACCCCCACCCGAGCCCUGAUCUUCAGGCGCACCGAGACUCCCUGAGCCCAAUGAAACCCCGGAAACCCUCACCAGGUGGGGCCCCGGCCUGGGGGGCUGCAGGGAUGCAGGGGAGCCCGCAGGGGCUGGCCAGCCCCCAGCUCCGGCCUGCUUCCUCCCUGCUCGCAGUUGUUCUGCCCGGAGAGCUCCACCUGCCGGAAGGGGAAGUGGAAGAGGAACUGUCCUUCCCGCUGUGCUUCCCCAAGCCUGGCCCGCUGCAGAGAGCCCUGGCGGAGGGCAACUACCCGCCCCUCGGGCCGUUCACGGCCAUGUUUGAGAGCGACUUUGUCCAGGUCACCAACAAGGGGGAGCCUGUCUUCCUGCACAAGAAGGAGAACCCGGUGACCAUGGCGGUGGCCUCCUCCUUCCCGGGGCUCCUGCUCCCGGACCUCGUCCUGCUGGCCCGGCCCGUCCAAAGCAAGAAGCAGCCUCCGCGGCUGGAGCUCACCAGGCUGCUGCCGGCACACCUGGUCCGCCUGUUUGUCCACAGCGAGGCCGGAUGGAGGCUGAAGCUCCGCCUGGCCUCCGGCCGCAGUUUCUACCUGAGGCUGGUGGCCGAGCCGGCCGAGGGCUGCCUCCUGUUCAACCUCUGGCGCUUCCUGAUCUUCCUGAUGCAGGGGCCCAUCGCGGCCUGGGCCCGGAGCCCCGACGAGCAGGCCGCCCAGGACGAGAGCGCCCCGAUGUCCGCAGCGGAGGCCCCCCCCAAACGGAAGGAGGUGGCCUUCCCUCCCCAGUAUCCCGUCCCGAGGACCAAGGGGAGCCCGGGCUGGACCUGGGACAAAGCACUGCACUACCCUGGGCCGCUCUCCCAACUGAUGGACCAGCAGACCACCCCGGCCCUCCCGGAAGUGAUGUUGAGAGCGGAAGCCGCCCCCAUGCCCUUCGGGUCCCAGCAGAAGCUCCCAGUCCUGAAAGAAGAGGAGCGGAAAUCAGAGCCCAGACUUUUCUGGAGGAGCACCCCGGGGAGCCUAGUGGAAGUGGAAGGGCAGCCGAGCAUCACCGUCCGGACCCUCUUCAGACGUAUUUCCAGCACUCUAAGCCGGUCCAAGGCUGCCUCACCAGCGGAGACUUCCUCUUCAGGGCCCUCCAGGUCCCCGUCCUGCUCUGCUCUUGUCCAGACCUUGUCCUCCUGGCUGGGCUCCCGUGAGGUUUCCAAGAGCUCGGCUUCCUCAGGGACACUGCAGAGCUCCUAUUUCUCCAUGCUCAGUGACCUAUUCGAGCCCCAAGAGAGCCCCCAAGAGCAGCCACAGCCCCAAGAGGGCCCCCAAGAGUGGCCACAGCCCCAAGAGGGCCCCCAAGAGGGGCCACCCUCCCAAGAGCACCCCCGGGAGCUGGGCAAUGCCAACAGUCUUCAGCUUCCCCAAGAGCAGCCGCAGCCCCAAGAGCUCCCCCAAGAGCAGCCACAGCCCCAAGAGGGCUCCCAAAAGAGGCCACCCUCCCAAGAGCACCCCCAGGAGCUGGGCAAUACCAACAGUCUUCAGCUUCCCCAAGAGCAGCCGAAGCCCCAAGAGCUCCCCCAAGAGCAGCCACAGCCCCAAGAGGGCUCCCAAAAGAGGCCACCCUCCCAAGAGGACCCCCAAGACCAGGGCAAUACCAACAAGCUGCAGCUUCCCCAAGAGCAGCCACAGCCCCAAAAGUUCCCCACAGAGCAGCCCAAGGACAAACCCAGGGACAGGCCGGAGCCCACCCAAGCCUCAGAGCCCUCCGCCAGUGUCAAGGCUCUGAGGAAAGCCAUCAAGAAGCCACAGAGCUGGCUCACCAGAGCAUGGCGAGAAUGCCUGAAGGUGGUCUGCACCUGCACCAACUAAUCCCCUGCCCUGUGAUAACUGACAAUUAAAAUGUUUGGGAGCAAGGGAAAUAUAUAUAUCAAUUAUGACCGCUGAAA